AUGCCAGCCGGAUUGCCACCGAGGAUGCGGGGCAGCCCACCGCUCAGUGACUCGCUACGCCCAGCACACGAAAUACCCAUGCCUGGUUUUCCAGGGGCAUCCAACGGAGUACUACCGACGGCACUGCCUCCACGAGUUAUGCCACAGUGGCCACAACCCCGCGGGCGAAUUCCAGCACCACACCAGCCUUUCCCGCCUCCUCGCGGACACCCCAUACCGCAGCCUACUAGCGAAGAACCGUGCGAAGAUGAGACCACCACACCGAAGCCCCCGUCGCCGACAAAGUGCACCACCGUAAUUGGGACGAGAUGCUUCCUCGACACAGGUGAAGAAAUAGUGGCUGGAUCUCCGGCUGGAUCCCCACCGCGAUCUCGGUUUCCUCCCAAGGAAGGUGUUGAAGGGAUCUCCAUCGUAAGGUCCAUGGGAAAACCAUUCAACGUAUCAAAUGCCGGAGGCAAGUUUUCUGACGGUGGAGGACCGAACGCUGCUCCAUCUAAAAAAAUAUUUGGCGGAAGGUCGUUUUUCCGAGGUGGGAAAUCACCUAUCUCCGUAGCAGCCUCGAAUAAGACGUUCGAGGAAACAGCCUACUUUCAGCAGAGGCCUCCCAAUGAACGUGUGUUCGAUGGUGGGUCUUCCAGCAAAUUUGCGUGUCUCGUGUACGGGUCUAUGGUACCGAUCAUAUUACUAAUUGCUGUUCUCGGCUGGUACCAGUGGAAGGACUACCGUAGGCGAAGCCACUACCGCCUUCUCGGUUCAUUCCGUGAUUCUCGACACCCGGCAUAUGAACUCGACCCUGAUUGCGACGAUUGCGACUACAAGAGUGUUCUGCAACAGCAGCAGACAGCCGUUGCUAGCUGA